UCAUCAUCAUCAUCAUCAUCAUCAUCAUCAUCAUCAUCAUCAUCAUCAUCAUCAUCAUCAUCAUCAUCAUCAUCAUCAUCAUCAUCAUCAUCAUCAUCAUCAUCAUCAUCAUCAUCAUCAUCAUCAUCAUCAUCAUCAUCAUCAUCAUCAUCAUCAUCAUCAUCAUCAUCAUCAUCAUCAUCAUCAUCAUCAUCAUCAUCAUCAUCAUCAUCAUCAUCAUCAUCAUCAUCAUCAUCAUCAUCAUCAUCAUCAUCAUCAUCAUCAUCAUCAUCAUCAUCAUCAUCAUCAUCAUCAUCAUCAUCAUCAUCAUCAUCAUCAUCAUCAUCAUCAUCAUCAUCAUCAUCAUCAUCAUCAUCAUCAUCAUCAUCAUCAUCAUCAUCAUCAUCAUCAUCAUCAUCAUCAUCAUCAUCAUCAUCAUCAUCAUCAUCAUCAUCAUCAUCAUCAUCAUCAUCAUCAUCAUCAUCAUCAUCAUCAUCAUCAUCAUCAUCAUCAUCAUCAUCAUCAUCAUCAUCAUCAUCAUCAUCAUCAUCAUCAUCAUCAUCAUCAUCAUCAUCAUCAUCAUCAUCAUCAUCAUCAUCAUCAUCAUCAUCAUCAUCAUCAUCAUCAUCAUCAUCAUCAUCAUCAUCAUCAUCAUCAUCAUCAUCAUCAUCAUCAUCAUCAUCAUCAUCAUCAUCAUCAUCAUCAUCAUCAUCAUCAUCAUCAUCAUCAUCAUCAUCAUCAUCAUCAUCAUCAUCAUCAUCAUCAUCAUCAUCAUCAUCAUCAUCAUCAUCAUCAUCAUCAUCAUCAUCAUCAUCAUCAUCAUCAUCAUCAUCAUCAUCAUCAUCAUCAUCAUCAUCAUCAUCAUCAUCAUCAUCAUCAUCAUCAUCAUCAUCAUCAUCAUCAUCAUCAUCAUCAUCAUCAUCAUCAUCAUCAUCAUCAUCAUCAUCAUCAUCAUCAUCAUCAUCAUCAUCAUCAUCAUCAUCAUCAUCAUCAUCAUCAUCAUCAUCAUCAUCAUCAUCAUCAUCAUCAUCAUCA